AUGGACGCUCUCAAGGACGCCGUUUACAAGGGAGAACAGGGGCUCGAAAAAGUGACUACGUCGCUGUCGUCACUCUUCACGGCCUUCCAGCAGCUGGCCGCCAAGAUCGGGUUCAAACUGCCGACGGGUGGCCCUGAGGAUUUGGACAACGACAACCCCACCGCAUCUACCGCUGCAGCCCCCCCGCCCCAGCGCACGGCCGGAACCACAACCGAAGCUCCCGUGAACAUGGGCGGUGUUCCCCACGCUUCCACCUCCGACGCGUCACAUGCGCUUGCAACAAUUGAAGCGCCGACACCAGGUUUAUGUGUAGGCCGCGGAGCCACACCCGGCCUACAAAAGUCCUCGGCGGUUCCCGCCGGUCUCCCGGCCGUCUUUUCUAGCACCACGCAUGGAACGGCGGCAGCUGCAGCAUGUGCUACUACAGCGGCAUGUGGCCUGCCAGGAAUCGGAGACGGAUCUCUCCGCGCUUCAGCGGCUCCGGCUGAUGCACUGCGCCAGCCAGGUGCCUCAGCCGGGAUUGCAGCCCCAGCCACUGGUCUGACAGUUGCAGCCGCGGGUCAGGCAUGUCCAGCAACUGGUGUACCAUCAGCAUCGGCGGGCCACGCAACGGCAGCAGGCGGGGUUCCUGAUGGAGCCGCGAGUUUAGGGGGUGGGGCGGCCAAUGUUCCAGCUACUGCCGCGGGACCGCCAGGUGGAUCAAUGGGUGUUCAGCCUCCUGCAGGCCAUGGUGUUCAGUCAGCGGCCGCAUCACAGACAGGUGCUGUCAGCGUAGCACCGACGCCUGCACAUGCGCAGAAAGACGCGACCGCGUGGGAUCCUGUGUCAUACGCGCCCGGACCGACAGUCAGGCCCACCGGCGCAGACGCACGGGCUCAAGCCCCAACGGUGCGGCCAUUCGUAGCAGCUGUGGUCCAGCCCAGAAACGAUGCAUGGGACCUACUGGAACCCCCGACGGAGCUCACAAUGUUUCACCGAGGUGUGCAAGUACAGGGUGCUCAAUGGUCGGAUGCAGCGGCUGACACUGCAAGGGCACCUGUUCCUCAUAGGGGAUCGUCUGUAUUGUCAUCGGGGGAACCUUUCUUCGCCCCCUCUGCCUUUCCCCCCCAAGCGCAUAUUCAUGGUGUACGCGCCCCAGCUGCGGUGGGGUUUGCGCAGCAGGCCGGUGCUGUUCCGCCGGCCGCCACAGCAUCCGCCGCACAUUCAUGGCCGAUUGGCCGUGCACAACAACCUCCCAACGCUGUUUACCCCGGAUCUGGGCAGCCAAACGACAUCGGGCAACUGCCACUGUCGACCCUUCGUCCCCCGCGGCAAGAGCCUGCUACAUUCCUCGCCACUGAAGAGGUGCUCGACACUACCAGCUGCCACCGUGGUCAAGCAUCCGAGUCACGUGGUUUGGGCUACGCAACCAUGCACGCCGGUUUCAUGCAGGGGUCCCGACAAGUGCUGCCAUCGCCGGCCGCCUCAUCAUCUAUGGUUCCCACGGCCCAGGGAGCGGAGAACGGUGAGGUGCCCAGCACCAAGGGGUGGACGGGUGUCACAAAGAAGCUGGACAAGGACGAGUGGAUCGGUAGGAUAAUCCUAGACCGUGCAUCAACGUCGCUGAUCGUCAUCAACAGCCACUUUGAAUCAGAGGAUGAGGCGGCAAGGUCAAUCGCAGCUGCGUCGCACGUGAUGUUCGUUGACAAGCCAACGCGUGGGGACCUCAUUCCCUUGACCGCCGCCGACAAGGAGAAGCUCAGAGGGUGCACGAGGCACCAGUGUGAGGUGAUGGUCCGGAUGAAGUUCUGGCACAUGUGGGAGGAGUGGAGGAAUUAUUGGCCUGAGGCGAAGGCUAAGUGGGACGCGAAAAUGCGCAAAAUCGAGGAAAAGAGAGCUGCAAUAACGGCAAGCUUGCGGGAGGAUGAUGGUCGGGCCAACAAAAGGGCACGAGGUGAAGCUGAAGGAAAAGCCGGGGGUGACCGUGCGUCCCGCCAAGUGGAGUCGGGAUCACAGGAUGCAUAG